UCAUUCGGUGUGGGAAACGCUUUCUGGGCGGCCAUCUUGAUUUUAACAGAACCAGCGUCCCGCCAGUUAUUCCGCGUCCUAUCGGUAAAUUUGCUGAAAAAUGUCUAACGUCGAGGAAACUGUGGUCGAAUUUGAACCUCAAAGCGAAGAUGAGGCCGCGCCAUCGCCGGCCAAAGCUAGCCGACCGUCCACAUCGAAGCGAGAGACAAAAUCGGACGUAUGGGCAUACUUCCAGAAGAACGAACUGACAGGGAUUUGCAACUUAUGCGGGAAAGAAGUUCGCCACGGUGGUGGUACCACCAACGUCAGGGCUCACCUGAGGGCCAAGCACCACAUGGUGUACGUCCUUGGAAUGGACCCGACCGACCCCAGGGUGCUCGAGGCCGAGGCGACCAAGUCGUCCAAGAAGCGACCACGCCGUCGCAUUGUCAAGUCUGAAGGCUCAAAGCAGGACUCAGUCGUUUACUUUGAGGUGGAAGAUCAGAUGAGAAUAGUUGGCAAUGAGCCUCAGGCUUACUUCAUGGUCAAUGAAGAUGGUACUGUAGAGAAGGCCCCUGCACCACAAGAAGGGCUAAAUGUUUCAGCCAUGUCCGUUGGAAAACCAAUCUUGGCUCGCAUUUCGCCUAACUGCCCAACUGUCCCGAUGUACGUCGCCGCCCACUCUGAGUUUCGGCUGGGCUUGAGGUGCCGGUCGCCGCAGGUGCGUCUGCGCGGUUUCACCAUCAGCACGCAGACUUGCGACCCAUUCUUCCUGGCCAACGUGCCAGGUGCCUCUGAAUGGCGUCCUCAGGAGAACAAUUACCACGAGAGCGUGCGUCUGAUCGUUGAGGAUGGGCUGCGCGAGUUGUUGGCGCUGGACUGGGAGGCAGAGGUGCCUUAUGAUGCCGAGGCCACUGUUGAGCUUGAGCAGCCGCUGCGCUGCGAGGGCCGCCACCUUGAGGUUGUGCUGCAGCUGAAGAAAGCUGGAUUCUACAAGUUCUACGAUACUUCCAACCUGAAGCGCGUUGAGAACCUGGUCAGCAUUAAGUUUGCUAGGGUCGAUCUCUCGGACCGCACCAUUUUUAAGAACAUCAUAUUCUAAAUGAUC